AUGGCUUUCUCAGAAGACACCAAGGAGCGAAUUGUCAAGGCGGUCGACGUUUCCAAAACUGUCCUGCACUAUGGCUGGGUUCCUUUUGUUCUCUACAUCGGAUUCACCCGAAGCACGCCACAGCCAAGCUUGAUCAAGCUGAUCAGCCCUCUCGCCUGA